AUCUAAUUAACACAGGUGAGUCGACAGGUAAUUACUUCCGGGUUAACGGUGUCGUGAGAAGAUAUAUUUGUGAAACUGAUAAAUGAUAAAAGCGCCUGUUGACGCAGAUUAUCUGUCACUUUUGUUGACAUGGCAGACUGGAAUAGAAGAAAUGGCACAGGCCGAACUGAGGAGAUGUUGGACAGUGAAAAUCAAUCAAGGGUCGAAGGACUCGCAGGGAAAAUCUCAAGGCUUAAAGGGAUAGCAUUAGAUAUAGAAACAGAAACAAAGCACCAGAAUACAUAUAUGGACAAUCACAUGAUGGAUGAGUUUGACAGCAGUCAAGGUCUGUUGACAGGGAGUAUGAACAGAAUUAAUCACAUGGUCAGUUCGGGAAAAGGCAACAGAAAACUCAUGUGUUACAUCAUUAUUGGACUUAUAAUUCUCUUCUUCUUGUCCUACUAUCUCAUCACUAAAGUUACAAGCGGAUGAUAAAAGAUAAACACUGUUUCAACAUACAGACUGUCUAUAUAUAUGUGAUAUUGUUAUUUAUUUAAUGCUUACUAAUGAGAAGCUGGAUUCUAUGUGUGAAAGGUAGUUAACUUAGUCGUAUUUUAUUGUUAUUUGAAUAUGACAAAGUUACUAUAACCGAAUCUUUAUAAAGAAAAACUUGUUUUUGACAUGAUUGAAUUUAGGUUGGCAAAGAUCUCACAUGGCAUAGAACUUCCAAGUGUGAUUCAGUCAAUAACAAAAUCAUGAGAGCAUUAAAUACAUGUAAAUAGAUCAAGCAACUCUUACAAUAAGGUUUUAGUUACAUACCUUCUCAUAUGUUGAUUAUAUAUAUUUAGCUGUAAUGGCUUAAGUUAGACACUAUCAUUCCAGAUCAUGCCUGUAAAAUUGACAGUUUUUUUUUUGUGUGGUCAUAUUUUUAGUAUAAACUGAUUUAAGCACGAUUGUGGAACAUGUUCAUGUAUCUUGUAUUAUCAACUUUUGAGUCUGCUUCAUAUUUUUGGGAUGUUAUACAUGUUACAGCAAUACUUACAGAAAAAUAUACAUUUAUACAGGUGUAUAAUAUUUGAAUCUAUAUAUCAAGGUAAUAAUGAUGAAAGUGUUAGAUUUACCUACAAGGUCUUGCGGUUCUAGACACAAGAUUUACCUAAGAGAGAUAAAAUAUAUCCCAUAGUAAAAAUAUUCAUUUUUAGUUCUCAUUUAUCAGCUUAAAAUGUAAAAUUUUGUUUGUGUGUAUGUAUUUUAACAUAAAAUAACUGGUAUAUAUUUCUCAUUGAGGAUAAUUUCAUAUUCAAAGAUCAUAAUUUUAUUCUAAGUAUUAAUAUUUAUGUUUAAUCAUUUUUAAAGAUACUUAAAUUAACAGCACUUGGGAUUCUUUCUUACCUGUCAGUUUUUAUGGGUUAAAAUAUGGUGAUUUAAAUUCCAAUAAAUUGUUCUUUUUCUUUGAUUUCUUUUAUUAUCAUUUUAAGACUUUACAAUAUCAUUAAGAUAAUUUCUAACCAUUCUGAUUUUCAUUUUUACAUCACCUUUGACAAGGGUGUAUAACACCCAUGCAAGAUACUGCCCACUUCAUGUUUCAUUUUAAACAGACAAUAUUUCAUCAGAAAAUCUCAUUUGUACAUGCAGUAUGACCAUAAAAAUAUUUGUAUUUCUUAAUAUUACACAUAAUAUAAAAUGUGAAAUCAUUUGGUGAUGUUGUUUUAUCAAAGGCACACUCAUUUAGCUGUGUUUUUUUUUUUUGUUGUUGUUGUUGUAAUUAAUGUUUUUAGGGCAAGAUAUAGAAAUACUCUUAUAUGAAAAUUUUGUUUUCUUUUCAUUAAGAAGUUAUCAAAAAAUAUGAAGCUAUAUAUGAGCCAUGUCAUAAUAAAACCAACAUAGUGCGUUUGCGACCAGCAUGGAUCCAGACCAGCCUGUGCAUCCGCACAGUCUGAUCAGGAUCCAUUCUGUUCGCUAUCAGUUUCUCUACUUGUUAUAGGGUUUGUAAGCGAACAGCAUGGAUCCUGAUCAGACUGGGCUGAUGCGUAGGCUGGUCUGGAUCCAUGCUGGUCGCAAACACACUAUGUUGGUUUUGUCAUGAUGCGGCUCAUAUAUUCUUAUGACUGGCUUUUUAUAGCAAUUAUAUUGAUUUCCUAGACUUUUUUGAAAGAAAUUUUAAUGAAAUUAUAACUUAGGGCAAAAUUUUUUAGAACUGUCAUCACUAGAAACAAUAUGGAUGUAUCGUUGAUAUUUUUCUGUAGAUCAGUUAUUGAUACACAUUUCAAAAAAAAACAAUAAGUUUUACUAAUGAAUUUAAUGUCUAGAAAUUAUGAAAAUUUUACCCAAAACAUACAGAAGUAGGUGUCCAUAUCUAACAUUAUGCUGUUACUGUUAUAUAUUGGAAAUAUUUCACAGCAAUCAUGACAAAAAUAUAAUGGUCUGGAAAAAGGUCAUGCUUUUAUAAACAAGACACUGAAAAGAACAUGUUUUUAACUCGGAAAUCAUUUAAACAGGUAUGAAAGUGAAUGACAGACAAGGAAUUAUAGGUAAUUAUCGAUAUAUCAAUAUAUUGUUCAUAUGCUUUGCACUGAAUGACAGCUCUAAAAAAUUUAUAAAUACCUGAAGGUCUGCUUUGACCACACUUGGUGAAACUCUCAUAUAAUUAUUCUGUUGUUAAAUCAUAUGAUUAUCCUGAUCAUUGUUUUAAUAAUCUGUACCGGUUGUCAUUUUGUAAAUGAAUACUACAUAUAAAUCACCAUGUAUUGUAAACAUUUAUAUGGGUGUUUACCAUUAUGGUAUUUUUAGGCACACAUACAUUUUUUCUUAUAAUAAUUGGUAUACAUUAAAUUCUAUGAAUUGUAUAAAAUGCUUGCUUUUUAGCAAAUUACUUUUUUUUGCAUUCAUUUUGAAAAUACUGUUUUAUUGUAAAGUUAGAAAAUAAAAUAAAUGCACAUUA